CUUUUUCUUAUUUACACGGAAGUUUCUCCUCUCUUAUUUUGUCGCACACGGAAGUCUUCUUCUUUCUUAUUUUGCCCCUGAAACUUGUGCUUUGGCUGAUGCUUAUCUUCUCUUCCUCAAAGUCGGUUGCCGUCAUUCUCCUCCAAUACGAUAACACUUCUGUGAAAUUGAUGAAAUCAGGAAACAGGUGCAGGUUACCCAUGUUUUCUUUUUUCUUGAUGCUCGCGCAGUUCGCAUAGACUGCAGUAGACGGUCCCUCUGAUGCCCCUCCUGUUGCAGACAACUUUCUCAAGUGAAUGGGUGAUUGGUACCGGGAAGAACUGGUGAAUGAUAUAAUUGUAGAGAUAUCUCAGAUAAAUCAAGAUUUAUCUGAAGGAAGAAGCAAUCAAACCAACCUACCCAAAACUAUAUGUAUCUUUAUCAUAGGAAAGAGGGGAGCAUGUCCCUCCUGAAGAUUCACUUGAGGUAGCUCGGAAGAUCAAGGAAACUUAUUGCUACACAUGUGCAGACAUUGUCAAGGAGUACAAUAAACAUGACAAAGAAUCAUUGAAGUAUGUUAAAUAAUGGAGAGGUUUUAAGCCAAAGACUUGGGCACCUUACUCAUGUGAUGUUGGAUAUGAAUGAUUUGUUGGUCCCAAGCUUUAUGAUUUAUAUUUUAUCCCCUUUUUGUUAUUUUCAAAGAUGAUAUCACUAUGUUUUUUAGUGAUAUUAUAAUGUUUAUAUUCUAUCAUGCAAAUUUUCUUUAAUCCAGAGAUAUAUGAUAAAGACUUCACAACCCCUUUACCUGCUGUAAUAGACAGCUGUAUUCAAUCUGCUCCAAUUGACACAGGAAGAGCUCUAUAUAAUAAUCUAGUGUUGUCUGGAGGAUCCACCAUGUUUAAGCACUUCCAAAGAAGGCUUCAACUGGAGACAAAGAAGAUUGUGGAUGCACGUGUUCUUGCAUCUACUGCCAGACAUGAUAGUGAAGUAAAGGAAUCUGUGGGGAAUGAUAAAGCUUUCGCAGUAAGGAAUGGAUAUGAACUUCACUCCAAUCAAGAGCAUCAUUCUUCAAGAAAAUUAUUCAGCUAUACCCCUAACUAA